AGUGGGCAGGGGGGCCAGGGGCGAAUGUGGCGUCGCAAAGAAUGCCAAAUCAGUUGGGCACGCGAUAUGAUGUGUUAGACCUCAGGUAUUCAGACGGCAAAGCGGCCGUUCUGCGUCAUACAGAUGGCAGCGGCUUCGCAUACUAUCCUUCUGGGCGCAAGGCCGUGUGCAUAUCUGCUUCCGGCUUGGAUGGAGCUGGCCGCGCACGCAGGUUCAGUGCCGUGAUUCACAACGACAGCAACAGGAACCCCAUUGUUGGCGUCUUCGAUGAGUGGGGCCUCGGCUAUGCGGAAGGCAUGGUGAGUGCCGGUGACGCUCAGCCGCCCAAGCUCCUGAUCUCCGACAAGGCCAUGACCGUACUUGACGGGAGCGGCAAGGCCACGGAAGUGCCCAGGACGAAGCCUACCACGGACUUGGUCUUGCGGGUCAACAAGUUCCUGACGCUGCGGCACAAGGGAAGAACCUUCCUGGACUUCCAAUGUGAAGGUGUAAGCCACACCAUGACCAUCGGGGAGAUGCAUGGCGACGAGGUGGAUGGCAUGGCGAUGGCUUCCGAGAAGAAGACUCUGAGCGAGGAGUCCACGCAGCAGCUGCAAGAAGCCACGUUGAAGCUGGAAGGGGUUCAAAACCUUGCGAAGACCUUGCAGGUGGCUUCAUCCCAAAGGGAACUGAAAUCCACCGCCCCGGCGCUUGGCAGCACGGCGACCGUCAAGGACGUGCUCGAUCAACUAGCAACUCUGAAGACGAGCCUGUCUCAUCCCAACCUGGCACCAGACUUGAAGUGGGACACGGAAAUCAGAUUAAAGAAGAUGCUGGCCAAAGUGCAUCCUCAGUGCCCUGGCCGCGCGGCCGGCUGGAAGAUCUCCCGGGUCAGCGGGAAAUGCACCGAGGAGCGUUUGGCCAAUGCCAAGCCCACCGUCAACGCCCCUAGAAGCAUCGCCCAGGUGUCCCAGCUCAAGCUGCCGGAUCUGAUCGCGGAGAACGCCUCGAGCACCACGCUGCUGGUGGUGGUGUGUUUGGCAGCCUAUGCCAAGGAGCAGAGCAACUAUGCUCGGCUGCUGGCUGAGAAGGCGCAUGCGGCGCUCUGGCACAGGUUCUGCUCGAAGCCAGAGAGCGGGCCUCUGCCGGUGCGCCUGGUGGCGGUCGAGCUCACGGAAGCCAACAGCUUCACGGAGCAGUACGGGGUGAAGGAGGUGCCCUACUGCCUGAUGUUCCUGGCCGGGCAGCAGGUCUAUGCCAAGAGGCUGCAUGGCAUACGCAUGGCUCCUCGUGAUGCAGCAGCCGCAAAGCCCAAGGUUCUGUUGGUGGAAGCCAACCCAGCGGUUCAGCUGAAACUCGAGAGGAACCUUCGGCGGAACGGCUACGGCAGCGACCUGGCCAUGGAUACGGCGCAGGCUGCCCGCCUGGCGAACAGCGAGGCAUACGGGGUGCUGCUCAUCUCCGCCUGCCUGCCUGCAGAGCAGCUGCGAUCCGUGUUCUAUGCUGUGAGGAGCAAGCAGCGCGAGGCGGUGCUCCUGGCCUUUGAUGGCACCAUGCUCCAGGGUGAGGAGUUGGAGGAGCGCAAGCAGUUCUUGGAAGAGUGCUCCUAUGUCUUCCCCUACAAUCCCAGCUAUACGGGCCUGGCCGCCAUCCUGGCGCGCUUCGACGUGACGCACGUGGACAAGGGCCUGGCCUGCGUGCCCUGCACCAGCCACAAGCAGGACUUUCUGGACGAUGUUCUUGGCGUCUUGGAGAGUGGAGGCUACUCGCCUGGCGACAAAGGAGUUGUAUAGAUUUAUGGGCGACUUCGCCGCUUCCCGCGAAGUGGGACCGGUGGCCAAGUCGCUGGCAAGCCCGGUCAGCGUCCGGGUUAGCCGCCCCGAUCGGAGUGGCAGAAUCCAGAAUCCAGCGCCGAACGGCGAUGUGAGGCAGUCUUAUGUGUUAAGCUUGCGCGCGCAAGCGGAUGUCGUGGCUUUG